AUGGAAAGUCUGAAUUCACGAAUGCCAGCACCUAGCACAGCUAAAACACUAGAGUCUUUUCCUCCAGCCCAAAGUAACCUUUCUCGUCAAGGACGCCUCCUGAAGCCCAAACCCAGCAUGAGCUGCCGACGCAAGCGUGAAUUCAUUUCUGAUGAGAAGAAGGACGCUUCCUACUGGGAGAAACGUCGUAAGAACAACGAGGCAGCUAAACGUUCUCGUGAAAAACGUCGUCUGAACGACAUGGUGCUGGAGAACAGAGUACUGGCCCUGAAUGACGAGAACAUCCGUCUGAAGACAGAGCUCCUGCAGCUGAAGCUCCGGUUCGGACUCAUCAGCACUGCCUCUUACAUGGAGAAGAGCCAGCAGAUUGGAGGAAGCAUCAAUGGAACUCCUGGAGGCACCAAUACUUCCUCCUCCAACCACUUCUACUUGAGUAGUUAUUCUAAUAGCUCCCAAAUGAUAAUGAACUCUGACUCUUCUGAGGCGGAACAGUCCAGUCGAGGGGAAAGGCGCCCCCGGGGUUCUCUGUCCGACAUGUCAGACGGCUCCUCUCCCGGCAGUCCAGAACCGAUGAACUACGAGAUUAAACGUGAAGAAGUACAGGUAGAAAUGGACACUGGCAGUGCCUCCACUACAGAGAUAUUCAGUGUCCAACAUGGACUUAGCACCUCGCGCCAUCAACAAAUCCUACAAUCUGGUUAUUCCAUACACCAGCAGCAGUGCCACCAGCUGGAGACCGUUGUGAGCCCCACAGCCCAAACUGCAGUCCAGGCUCCUCAGAGGAGUGUGAUCCUCUACCGCUCCCGAAGUGCCUCCUAUCCAAUUGAUCCUCAGUGGCUCAAACCAACAGAGCUCAAACUGGAUGCAAGGAGCACAGAUAGCCUGGCAGAGGUGACCAAACAGUUAGAGAGAAAGACUUUAGACUCUCCUCCUUUUGAUUUCACAGAUGGAGAUGAUGGGGAUAAGCAGGUGUACAAAGCUUGUAACCAUCAGGAAGAGGCAGAGAGCCAGAGGGGGAACGACCCUGCUCCACAGCUUCAUGAGGAAGGUGCCCAGGUGUACAGGCACUCUUACCUCAGUACACAGGAUGACGAGCCACCUGUGCUUACUUAUGAGGGCGGCUCUGGGAUCAAAGGGUACUAUCAAAGAUGCUCAGGAAAGUAUACCUCCUCCAGUGAUGGAGACCCUCGCAGCUCUGACAAAGACGCGUCAACUGACGACGAGUCCCCUUCUUCAUCCUGUUCUGACACGGGCAGCUACCAUCAGCACUCGUUCAUCGGCCAUCCGCCAGGGUCACCCUCGACCUUGACACAGGGUUCACACCCUCAAAACCAAAGCAAGGAUAGUCAGGCAGAGGUCAAGAGUACAGCACUGCCUCAUAAACUGCGGCUCAAACACAGAUCACUCAGUAACGGCAGGACGGUCACCCUCGAGUCCCCUACCACACCGCCUGCCCUGGCCUUCCCCCAGCACCCCUACCUGGCCCUUCCCCAGUCUGGCCAGCAGCUGACCAACAAAGAGAGAGAGGCACAGUCACCCACAGGGUUAUGCAAGCAGGCGAGCCCAGAGGAACAAGGGAAAACAGAGUGUGGGAAAAGAGAAUCCAAUGUAUGGAACUGUCGGAAUAAAAGACACGACUGA